GAGUGAGUGUCCGCUGUGUGGCAGCACCUAACCGACAGACAGGAAUCUCCACAAUUUUACCAUUUCUCGACGGAUUCCAAUCGUCGAUCGAUCGAUCGUUCGUCGAUCGAUUUUUAUACGCUUUGACGAUCGCUCGGUUGGGGAAAUUCCUCUUAGAUUUCAUCCCCGAUCAUCUCAGCAUCCUGUGAUUGUCCUUUUUCCCCCAAACAUUUCUCAAACUUUACACGAAGUUAAUUGCGGUUGUAAAUAUCGUCCGAAAUGUCCCAAAAGACGGAUUCCAGUCUUUGAGUAUUUAUUUAUUUAUUUAUAUAAAAAAAAAAACCCAUUCUUCGGAACUUUCCUCUAAACCUGUUGCUUCGAUCACAAGAACACCAUCACCUGGCUCCUCUACGACAACUCCCACCCUAUACUACAUAUAAAUAUAUAUAUAUAUAUACUCAUAUAUAUCUCCAAAUUCCUUCAGAAGAAGCCAAUGUUGCCUGUGUUGCAUGGGUUCAAAAAGAGAAAGAAAACCUCGCACUGUUUACGUCUGCCACAACUCCUCUUCAGGAAUAACCUAACGAACGGCUUCUGGGGGUAGUAGUAGUUACUUACUUGAUAUUUCCAAAGUGUGGAUAUUUAUCUUUAGAUUUAUUCCAGAAUUCCUUACGAAAAUGCCAUUCGCAAACAUGAAGAAAGUGGCAUCUGUGUCGUCCAACGCCAAAACCUAUCCCGUCAGGGUGGCCACUAUGGAUGCUGAGCUACAGUUUGUCAUCGAAUCACGAACCACAGGGAAAGAACUUUUUGAAAUGGUGUGUCGAACGAUUGGUCUUCGGGAGUCUUGGUACUUUGGUUUACAGUUUGUCGAUUCCAAAGGAUAUGUUGCCUGGCUAAAGUUUGAUAAAAGGGUUUUAAAUCAGGAUGUACCCAAAGAAAACCCAAUUCCAUUUCUGUUUCUUGCCAAACUCUUUCCUGAAGAUGUCUCUGAAGAACUUAUCCAAGAAAUCACCCAACAUUUAUUUUUCCUCCAAGUCAAACAGUCAAUCCUUAACAUGGAUAUUUACUGUCCACCUGAAGCUUCGGUUCUUCUUGCUUCAUACGCAGUCCAAGCCAAGUUAGGAGAUUAUGACGAAGGGAACUAUAAACCUGGGAUGUUAUCCAGUGAAGAUCUGCUUCCUCAGAGGGUUAUCGACCAAUAUCAGAUGACUCCUGAAAUGUGGGCCGAGAGAAUCAAAGUAUGGUAUGCUGAUCAUAGAGGAUUGCCAAGGGAUGAAGCUGAGAUGGAAUAUUUAAAGAUUGUUCAAGAUUUCCAGAUGUAUGGAGUAAACUAUUUUCAAAUCAAGAAUAAACGCCAAACUGACCUUUGGUUAGGAGUUGAUGCUCAUGGUUUAAAUAUUUAUGAAAGAGAUAACCGCCUUGAAGCUAAAAUAUCGUUUCCCUGGUGUGAGAUUAAGACAGUUUCCUUUAAAGAUAAAAAGUUUACCAUCAAACCCAUGGAUAAGAAAUCCCCUGACUUUGUAUUCAAUGCUCCAAAAGUUCGAAUCAACAAACUGAUUCUUGAACUCUGUGUUGGGAACCGUGAAUUAUACAUGAGGAGACGAAGAACAGAUUCUAUGGAAAUUCAACAGAUGAAAACUCACGCUAGAGAAGAAAAGGCUCGAAGACAGCUUGACCGCACACGACUUGCACGAGAGAAACAAUUAAAAGAAGAAGCCAUGCGUGAAAAACAAGAACUGGAAAGAAAAUUACUUGCUUUGCAGGAGGAAAUGCGAAAUGCACACGAAGCAUUGAUGCGGUCUGAAGAAUCUGCCGAUUUACUUGCAGAAAAGGCUCGAAUCGCAGAAGAAGAAGCUGUGUUACUUAGAAGGAAAUCUGCCGAAGUCGAUGCCGAAAUCCAACGUAUCAAGAUCUCUGCAAUGAAAAGUGACGAGGAACGUAUGCUGAUGGAAUGUCGAGCCAGGGAAGCCGAGAUGAUGGCAGCGACGCUGUUGGAAGAUUCUGGUCGAAGAGCUAGUCAGGCUGAACAGCUGAAGCAAGAGGUUGUCAAAGCCAGAAUGGCCGAAAGACAAGCAAACGAGAAAUUAGCUGAGAUUACAAGAGCAUCACAUGAUGUAAGUACAGUGGAAAGCAUCUUAAAAUUGACGUCUAACCUGGAACUCCCAGAUGUCGGUCUCAUCGCUGAUUUCUGUGGCGAAGAUGAUGCAAUGGAGGCCAGCUUCGAUUUCCCAAAAACUAGUGAUAUGGAUCAACUUUCUCUUAAAAUCGAGAAAGAAAGAGUAGAGUACAUGGAGAAAAGUAAACAUCUGCACCAACAGCUCCAGGACCUGAAGACAGAAAUUGAAGUUUUAAAGGUGGAGGAGAACCAGACAGAACUGGAUCGACUGCACGAAGAGAGUGUAACGAGGGGAGACACCAAAUACUCUACGCUUAGGAGGAUCCGGUCCACUUCCGGCAAGGCACGGGUCGCGUUCUUUGAGGAACUAUGAAGUAGCUCCCGGUGUUUUGCGUCCCCCAAAAAUUAGAGACUGUUGCACUCCCGCCUCCUUCCCUUUAUAUUUUUUCUCGUUGACUUACAGAAUGCCAGGCAAGCAAACACUUGAAUAACAUUGGUGGCUAUGUCUAUCAAGGCAUAUAUAAAUAUAAUUUUUUUUUUUUCUGUUAAAAAGAUUGUUUUGAAAAACUAGUAUUUCUUCCACUACCUUUUCAAAAUGGUUCACUUAAACCCGUCUCCUGUGCCCCCCUCUCCAUCUCAGUAUGUAACUUUUCUAUGCAAUCUUUGAACUGUUUAUUGAUAAGAAGAAGAAGAAAAAGAGGAAAAAUAACAAUAACAGCCACAACAAACACUGCUAAUUUUUUGGAAAUAAUGUAUUAAAAUAUUGUAUUAUUUUUUA